AUGAAAUUUUAUAGCUUUGGAGUCCUGUUGGCCACUGUCCUCUUCUGUGAGCAGCAUGUCUUCACAUUUCAGAGUGGCCAGGUUUUAUCUACUGUUCCCAGAACCUCUAGGCAAGUUCAAAUUCUGCAGAAUCUUACUACAACUUAUGAGAUUGUUCUCUGGAAGCCAGUAACAGGUGAAUUUAUUGCAGAAGAAAAAGAAGUUCAUUUUUUGGUGAAUGCAGCUGAUAUAAUCAAAGUGAAAUCCCAUUUACAGGAAAGCAAAAUUCCAUUCAGUGUCCUGAUGGAAGACGUGGAAGAUCUUAUUCGCGAGCAGACUUCCAAUGACACCAUCCACCCCCGGGCUUCCUCCUCAUACUAUGAAAAUUAUCACUCACUAAAUGAAAUCUAUUCCUGGAUAGAUGUUAUAACUGAGCGGUAUCCUAAUAUGAUUGAAAAAAUCCAUAUUGGGUCCUCAUAUGAGAAACGUCCACUUUACGUUUUAAAGGUUUCUAAAAAGCAACAAGCAGCCAAAAUCGCUAUUUGGAUUGACUGUGGAAUGCAUGCUAGAGAAUGGAUCUCUCCUGCUUUCUGCCUGUGGUUCAUAGGCUAUGUAACUCAAUUUUCAGAGGAAGAAAAUCUGUAUACCAAUCUUUUAAGGCACGUGGAUUUCUAUGUUAUGCCGGUAGUUAAUGUGGAUGGUUAUGACUACACAUGGACAAAGAAUCGAAUGUGGAGAAAGAACCGUUCUUUUCAUGAAAAUGAUCCUUGCAUUGGAACAGACCUGAAUAGGAACUUUGCUUCCAAACACUGGUGUGAGAAGGGUGCAUCAAGUUUCGCAUGCUCAGAGGUCUACUGUGGACUUUACCCUGAGUCGGAACCAGAAGUGAAGGCAGUGGCUAAUUUCUUGAGAAGAAAUAUCAACCAUAUUAAAGCUUACAUCACGAUGCAUUCAUACUCCCAGAUGAUAGUGUUUCCAUAUUCCUAUAACAGGAGCAAAAGCAAAGACCACGAGGAACUGUCCCUGCUGGCCAGCGAAGCCGUCCAUGCUAUUGAGAGGACGAGUGCAGGUGCCAGAUACACAUAUGGCAGUGGCUCAGAAAGCUUAUACCUAGCUCCUGGAGGUUCGGAUGACUGGAUCUAUGACUUGGGCGUCAAAUAUUCCUUUACAAUUGAACUUCGAGAUAAAGGCAAAUAUGGAUUCUUGCUGCCAAAGCGUUUCAUCAAACCCACUUGCAGAGAAGCUCUUGCCGCUGUUUCUAAAAUAGCUUGGCAUGUCAUCGGGAACAUUUAA